GAAUUCGAAGACAUGGACUUGACAGAUUGGUGCUGGUGCGUUUCCCCUUUGGAUGUUAUGCGUACACCGCGUCUCGGUUAGUGAUCCCCAAGGGGAACACAAGUCAAAUGCACCCCUUUAUGAACGAGUAUAAAAGACGUUGUUUCGUGGCGAGACAACCUCAGCUCACCUCUUCCACUUCGAGCUCCCCUACAAGCAUAGGUACUGGCUGCCUUGCUUGCUUUCAUUUGACGACUCACGACUGUAUCGCUUGACGCACUCUCACCAUCGUUACCCUAUCCACGACUCCUCAAGUCUUAUUUCACCAAGGUCACUGAGAAGUAUUUGAUCACUAUGCGUGCUACCCUCGCCGUCACUAUCGCUGCCAUGGCCGCUGCGCCCGCUCUUGGAGAGAUCCUCCACCUCCCCUUCCACAGGCUUGUCAACCCCCACCCUGCCAUGGCCCGUGGCCUCGAGUCUGAGGACUUGAUCGCCCGUCAGUUUUCUCACGGCGGUGGCAGUAUACACCACGGCGGCUCGCAUGGUCCUACGCACGGUGCCCCAGUGCGCCACUAUGGUCGCGAUUACCCCAGUGGCAGUAUACACGGCUCGCAUGGUCCUGGUGCCCCAGGGCGCCACCAUGGUCGCGAUUACCCCAGUGGCAGUAUACACGGCUCGCAUGGUCCUGGUGCCCCAGUGCGCCACCAUGGUCGCGAUCACGGCAGUGGCAGUAUACGCCACGGCGGCUCGCAUGGUUCCACACGUCCCCCAGUGCGCCACUACGGUCGCGAAGUCGACGAAGAGCUUGUCGUACGCGGCAUGGAGAUCGAUGACCUGGAUUGAAGGGCAGUAGAACAGUAUUGAAAGGCUUAGUCGCGGUUCCGGGCAGUGUUCACUACCAUGUAGUACUGCUAGGGUUUGGGGCGUGUUCAAUUGUAUGCAGAACGAAUCGUCUGUUUCACAUA